CGUUGUUAGCCCGCGUCAUUUCUGAUUUUGCGAUCGAAAGUGGUGUUGUGUAUCGGCGUCCCUGCUACGAAAACUUCUCGAUGGCCUCGCAAAUACCACGAGUCGAUAUUGUUUUCCUGGCGUACAGCCCGGUUGCCGGGAAGGCCCCGUCGGUUACGCUGGAUAGCAUUUGUACCGUUAGUUUGCACGAGCUGCAGCGACAUCUUCAGACGAAGCGUGCCGAACGGAACAGUAUGUGUGUGGCGGCGUACAAACACUACAAAUGGUACAAUGCGGUGCUGGCAGAGGAGCUACGAACGAUCGGCAAAGGACAAUCGCGGCCUUUGCUGCAGGCUUUCCAUUGGUACAUAGAAACCUCCAACAGAGAUGCGUUCCGAAUCGAGGAUCAGCAUUACGAUGCCGUAUCGCUAAUAGUCACGGCUGAGGUUGAACACUGGUAUUGUGCUCGCCCGGGCCACAGUGCACACAGUGGUAGCCGGGCACGAAUACCGUUCGGUGAACAAUUGAACAUUACGAUCGCACCACUAACGCCGAAAGUUGUCUCCAGUCAGCAGCUGCUACGCCGACACCGAUCGACAACUCUCGAAAUAAUUCGAGAGGAAUGUUAAAGCAUCUCCCCGUUCUCAUUGUGCUAGUUGUGUUGUGUUUUUGUUACCUUGUGGCCCUCAUUUAUCAAACUGGGCAAGAACAUGGUGAUGUGACAAUCUGAUGAUUAAUAAUACUACUACUAAUACCAGCACCACCAGCACGACAAGACGAUGGUGGUUUGGUGAUGGUGAACCGUGAUGCAGUUUUAGUUCGAUAAGCGUUGCGUUGUGCCAAGCAAGCUAUGAAGUGGAUUUUAUUUGCUAAUUUAGAAUAAUUUAACGUGCUUUAUUAGGAUCGGACACCUUGAUU